GGCUCGAUGGACAUAGAGCUAUCUAUAGAAGAGGAGGAUGUUGGUUGGAGCAGUCGGCGAGAGAGAAUGCAUAAUGCGUUGGCAGCUAGGCGAACUGCGGUGCAACAAGAUCCAGCGGAAGUGUAUGCAAUUGCUCGCAAACUGAGGGAGGUCAUCAAUGGCGCCGACGUUGACGAGUUCAUUUCCCAGAUCGAAAAGCUUGCCGAUCAAGCCCGUCUGUCUACCAUUCUCAAUUUCCAGGGGCUGUCAAGGGGUUCACUGCUCCACACUGCGGCAGGUGUUGGCAAGGUUGACAUCCUAAGGCUUCUAGUUGAUUAUGUCCAUGACCACCUCAUAACCGCCCAAGAUGAUUGGGGAAAUACCCCGCUCCACAUUGCUGCUAAGGCCGGGGACUCUAAAGCCGCCGCCAUAUUGAUUCGCCGGGCAAGAGGCCUCCCUGACCUAAUCCUGAGGAUGAAGAACAAACAUGAAAACACGGCUUUGCACGAAGCCGUGCUUAACUGUCAUUUCAACGUGGUGAGGCUUUUGUUGAGAGAAGACUUGGAGCCCGUGUAUUGGAAGAACAUCGAUCAAAAAUCUCCCCUGUGCCUAGCCCUUGACACUAGCGACUCCAAGAUGCUUGAGUUGCUACUUUCGCUCUCGCUCGAACCAUCGAGGAUACAAGGCUUGCCGCCCGUUCAUGGUGCCAUUAGAAGUUCUAACUAUGAAUUAGUCGCCAUGAUAUUCAAAAAGAACACGAAGUUAUUUGCAAUGACCGACUCCGACGGCGGUAAUGCAUUCCAUAUAGCAGCUGUAUCGAACGAGGCCCAAGUAUUCGAACUCUACUUAGGACCAGAAACUGAAUAUUUGGCCCGAGAACGGGACAUGAAUGGGGAUCUUCCCAUUCAUAUUGCGAGCAAGAAGGGAAAUGUUGAACUGAUCAAGAAGCUAGAACCGGUUUCAAAGUUGCUAAACGGGCGAGGACAAUCCGUUCUUCAUAUCGCGGCCAAAUAUGGGAGAACCUCAGCAGUGAGGUACAUACUCAGACACCCAGAACUGGCGUUGCUGAAAAAUGAAAGAGAUCAUGCUGGAAACACGCCUUUACACUUGGCUGCGAUGUAUUCGCAAUCCGGUGCCUUGAUUCUUCUUGCGCGGGACGAAAGAAUUCAACCCUUCCUUCUCAACCACCAACGCUUGACUGCUUAUGACAUUGCUCUGGAUGGCGUCAGAGGCAAGCAUGCGUAUCGAAAGGAAUUGGCUUUCGAGGUGUUGAAAACCACGCUGGCCAAAAGCAGAGACAUAAUCCAACAAAGGCCGGAAGCUCGAAAUAAAGACUUUCCAUUAGAAGGCGUUGACGCAUUGAAGCCAAGCAUGGACGACACGAACGAUCGGAUCAAUAUCCGUCUGCUGGUGGCCGCGCUUGUGGUCACCGUGACUUUCGCAGCCGGUUUCACAGUUCCCGGAGGAUUUAAUGGCUCGGACACGGCCUCCAAAGAUGAGCGGGGCAUGGCUACAAUGUUGGACAAGAGAAUGUUCCAGGCUUUCGUGCUUUGCAACACCAUCGCGAUGAUCAGCGCGAUGACCGCGGCCGUCGACCUCGUGUUGGCGCAGCAUAAUGAUCCCCGCAUGGCGCUAACUGCUUACGUGCACUCAGUACCGCCGCUAAUAGUUGCACUCCUGGCGAUGUCCGCAGCUUUCAUAACUGGCGUCACCUUGACCAUCGGCAAACUGCCAUGGCUUGCUAACACCAUAUUUUAUUUGGGACUCAUUUUCCUCCUGAUUUUCUCAACUUGUAAAUUGUUAGAGUAUGGUCCCUUCAUUCUGACCUACCUUCUUCGGACCCGUUCUCUCAGUCUCAUGAUAUACUGGCUUGUUCUCGCUUCCAUUUAUUGGUGGAAUAUUGAGACUUUCCUUUAUGAUGACCGGGAAGAAGACUGGACGACCAGCCAGAUCUCCGUAGAUCGGCCUCUGGAUGGUGCUGUGAAUCGAAUCACCAAUGACUCGGGGACGACUCGGGGACAAUGA